CCCACACGUGUUUGUCGACCAACGAACUCCCCUUUAUCAAAUAAUUUAUAAAAAAACAAGUUUAUUUUAGACAUAUAUCACAGCCACGGGCCAGCGCAAGGAAAACAAGUCAUCAUCCACCCGAACUGGAAGCAAACCCAGCAAAUCCCAGAAAAAACACCCCACCACCCCGCCAUCCACCCCGCCAUGGCCGACAUAGACCUCUCCACCGGCACGCCCGACGCGCAAAUCGACCACUCGGCCUCGAUCGAGUACUGGUCUGGCAUCAACGCGGACGUCGACGGCAUGCUCGGCGGAUUCCCGCACGUGAGCCGCGUCGAUCUACAAGGUAGCAGGGCGCUGAUGGCGAAGCUGGGGGUUUUGGCUGGGAAGAAUGAGGGGGAUGCGAAGCCUUUGAGGAGGGCGGUUGAUUGUGGGGCUGGGAUUGGACGCAUUACGAGAGGCUUGUUGCUGUCGCUCGCGGAUAAGGUGGAUGUUGUGGAGCCGAUUAAGAAGUUUACGGAUGCGCUGGCGGAUGUACCGGGUGUGGGGGAGGUGUAUAAUGUUGGGCUGGAGCUGUGGAAGCCGGCGAGUGGUGCGGUGUAUGAUCUUGUUUGGAACCAGUGGUGUGUUGGUCACCUGACGGAUCUUCAGCUUGUUGGGUAUUUGCGGAGGUGUGGGGAGGCAUUGAGGAGAGAGGAGGGGGGUAAGGUGGUGGGGUGGAUUGUGGUGAAGGAGAAUUUGACGAGUGAGGAGGAUGUGUAUGAUGAGACUGAUAGCAGUGUCACUCGGACGGAGGAAAAGUUCAAGGAGUUGUUCAAGGAAGCAGGGCUACAAAUUGUGAGGACGGAGUUACAGCGAGGGUUUCCUAGGGAAUUAUAUCCUGUGAGGACGUGGGCUCUACAGCCUAUGAUCUAAGAGGGAUGUAUUAACAUAUAUCAAGAGAUAUUAGUAAUACAUAUGAGAUGAAUAAUGAAGAAGGAGUCUCGUUAGUACACUUCUUGCCAAAGAACGGGAAAGAGCCUGAAGUGGG